CGUAAAAUCAAUGUGAAGUCUACUGGCUGGUACAAAUGUUCCAUUUAAAUAUGAGACUAUAAAAAUAAAUUUGAACGUUCAGUCUCCCUGCAGUUCAAGUUUGACUGUUGAAAUUGUGAGUUAUUUUGAAAACUGUUUGCUUCGCUAUAUUAUUUUAUUUUACUGUGUUUGUUUACUAAAGUAUAAACCAUGCCACCGGUCGGCAUAGAUUUGGGUACAACGUACUCUUGUGUAGGCGUCUUCCAACAUGGAAAUGUGGAUAUAAUAGCUAAUGAGAUGGGUAAUAGAACCACGCCAUCCUACGUCGCAUUCACUGACGCCGAACGGCUUAUAGGAGACGCGGCAAAGAACCAAGUGGCUAUGAAUCCACGUAACACAAUCUUUGAUGCUAAACGCUUGAUUGGAAGAAAAUUUGAUGAUCCUAAAAUACAACAAGACCUGAAACAUUGGCCCUUCAAGGUGGUAAAUGACGAAGGAAAGCCGAAAAUAGAAGUUGAAUUCAAGGGCCAGAAAAAGCGGUUUGCUCCUGAAGAAAUAAGUAGCAUGGUCCUGUCCAAAAUGAAGGAUGUAGCUGAAAGUUAUCUUGGUGGUACGGUCAAGGACGCUGUCAUAACUGUUCCAGCUUAUUUUAAUGACUCCCAGAGACAAGCGACGAAAGAUGCUGGAACAAUUGCUGGUCUGAAUGUUCUUCGUAUUAUUAAUGAGCCCACGGCAGCUGCUUUAGCUUACGGUCUUGACAAAGAUCUGAAGGGAGAACGAAACGUUUUAAUUUUUGAUCUCGGUGGUGGUACAUUUGACGUUUCGAUUCUCACAAUAGACGAGGGAUCUCUGUUUGAAGUAAAAGCUACAGCUGGGGAUACGCAUCUUGGUGGAGAAGAUUUUGACAAUAGAGUUGUAAAUUUUCUCGCAGACGAAUUCAAAAGAAAGCAUAAGAAAGACCUAAGGAAUAAUCCCAAGUCAUUGCGUAGACUCCGCACGGCUGCUGAAAGAGCAAAGCGCACAUUAUCGGCAAGCACCGAGGCUUCCAUUGAAAUAGAUGCUUUGUUUGAAGGAAUAGACUUCUUUUCACGUCUUUCUAGAGCUAGAUUUGAAGAGCUCAAUGUUGACCUUUUCAGGGUAACACUAGAGCCUGUGGAAAAGGCCUUAAAAGAUGCAAAGUUUGACAAAUCUUCUAUUCACGACAUCGUAUUAGUUGGUGGGUCCACGCGAAUCCCUCAAAUUCAAAAUUUGCUGCAGAACUUCUUUAAUGGAAAGAAGCUUAAUUUAUCUAUAAAUCCGGAUGAAGCUGUCGCUUACGGAGCAGCUGUGCAAGCGGCUAUUCUUAGCGGUAAUCGUCACUCGAGGAUACAAGACGUUCUAUUGGUAGACGUUACUCCGUUGUCACUCGGCAUAGAGACCGCAGGAGGAGUAAUGACUAACAUAGUACAACGCAACGCGAAGAUACCAUGUAAACACUCACAGACAUUUACUACUUACUCCGAUAACCAACCAGCAGUCACAAUUCAAGUGUACGAAGGCGAAAGAGCUAUGACCAGAGAUAAUAAUUUAUUGGGAACGUUUGAUUUGACUGGAAUUCCGCCCGCUCCUCGCGGCGUCCCACAGAUUGACGUGACUUUUGAUCUUGACGCAAAUGGUAUUCUUAACGUUUCUGCUAAAGAAAACAGUACAGGGAAAAGCAAGAAUAUAGUAAUAAAGAAUGACAAGGGUAGACUUUCGAAAGCUGAGAUAGAUCGCAUGUUGUCCGACGCUGACAAGUAUAAAGAUGAGGAUGAGAAGCAGAAGGCUAAAAUAGCAGCGCGUAAUAAGUUGGAAUCUUAUGCUUUUAGCGUUAAACAAGCUGUUGAUGGGUCUAACGGAAAGCUAAGUCAAGUAGAAUGUUCCAAUUUGCGUCGUAAGUGCGACGAAGUCUUGAAAUGGCUUGAGACUAACACACCGGCAGGAGUCGAUGAGUACGAACACAAGUAUAGAGAGUUGAAUGGUGUUUGUGCUCCAGUUAUGACUAAACUACACACUGGAACUGGCGGUGGAAAAGGAGGUUCAGACGGACCAGUCAUUGAGGAGGUGGAUUGAUUUUCUUUUAUUUUUAAUUUAAUUCUAUUGGGCUUGAUUAUUCGUUUUAACAUGAAUUCUCGUAUCUGAA